AUGGCAGCUAGGACCAAGUUUUACAUCUUGUACUGGGAGGGCAAAGAUGAGGAAGGCAUCAACAUGAACAGCUUGAAGCCUUGCAGGACGUGCAACAAAAUUACAAAUCCUUACUUGUUUCGCCUCGACAACAUGCAGGCCUGCCUCCGCUCUUGUGCAAAGGAGGGUGAGCUUUUUCGUAAAGAAGUAGCUGAAUUCUGGUGUGUGUCGCCGUGGAGCAUUCUGUGCUACAACCUGCCAAAGUUUGGCGCCUACCUGUCGCAGAGGAAGACCAAGGCGCUCACGGAAACCACGGUGAUUGGCACCGCACUGGCUAUGCACGGAGCCAAAGAGAAGGCAGAGUCUGGCGUGACGGUUGAUGCCCUGGGAUCCAAAGGUCCCUGCGAUACGUGGCAAAGCUGGCUUUGGUGGAGAGUGAUGGAGAUGAAGAUGCAGGCGCAGCAGCAGCACCAAAAGUGUGUUGUGGUGCACUUGGAUGGUGGUGGAGUAGAGCUGAUGAACAUUCCGGUGCCAGAUGGAAAUGCGCAAGACCAGGACAUCGGUUCGGUCAUCAUGGUCGUUGGAGGGCCAGAUGGCAUCAAAAGACCAAUCAUGAAGGAUCUCAGUGACAUCCUGUCCAAGACAGCGCAUUCAUACUUGAAGAUCCGACUGCCGGGCGGACGUCAACACACCCAUGUGGUGAUCUCCGACUUUUUUAUGGCCCACGACCGGGGCAGCUUGCUCUAUGACCUCAACCAGCUCUUGCGCUUGGGGCAGAACGGCUAUGAUGACCUAAAAGAACAGGUUAACUCCUUGUGGCGGGUCAUCGCUGAACGAAAGGAUCCCAAGCAGGCUGUUGAGCUCCUACAAAAGCUCAAGGCUACGGCGCAGGAGUUCAAAACUCAGGUUGAAGAUGCAAAGCCUGCAGAAAAGUCAGAGAAGCCUGCGAAGCCUGCAAAGGCUGAGUCCAGCAGUGGCAACACCAAGGCUUGGGUUCCUGUGGAGCAAGGCAAGAAUGGCCAGAACCCUGAGGCGUCGCCGACGUCCAGAACUUCACCCAAGAAAAAUCAAAAGGGUGGCAAAAAGAGAGCCGAGAAUCGGCAGCAAGUCAAGUUCAUUGAAGUCCUUUUCAGUUGA